AUGAAGGUCUCCAUGCGACUGCUGCUGAUUGUUUUGGUAACACUUCUUGGUUCUGCUCUUGCUAGUUAUGGCUCGACGAGAGAGGAAAUCAUUGCCAAUCGAGAACGAAGGAAGGAGCAUCUCCAAAAGCUUUUGGAGGAAGCUCGUGAAACAAAAGAUAAUCAUGUUUCUGGCCGCAAGCUGCUUAGUGAGGAGGAACUCACAGCGGUGGAUCGAAAGAUAAAUGCGUUUGAGAGAAAGAUGGAAACCAUGCAGGGAGAAAUGGAUGAACGUGAAAUCGAGAGAGUGCUUCAACGUGAGCAGCUUCGUGCUGAAAGAGAUGAGAAGAGGCGCCGAGAACGGAGACAAAGAGCUUCAGAGCUCUGA